AUGGACUUCAAAGCAAAACUUCUCGCCGAAAUGGCAAAAAAACGGAAAGCAGUGUCUAGUUUGGAAGUGAAAGAUGGUGGUGCAAAAUUUGUUCGUGGAGCUGAUUUGGAAUCGAAAAGGACUCAAGAAUACGAAGCAAAAAAACAGGAAUUGGCGAGCAAAAAGCGGAAAAUUGACGACGAAAUCCUUCGAGAAUCAUCGAGUAAGACAAAAGUUGUCCCAGAAGAAAAUGUCGCUGAAUUCGAUGAAAAGGUACCUAUGUCAGACAUCCAUUUUCGUCUCAGACAACGUGGACAGCCCAUUCUGCUCUUCGGAGAGUCGGAGCUCGAAGUUCGUAAGCGGCUUCAUCAAUUAGAACUAGAACAACCGGAGUUGAACGAAGGAUGGGAAAAUGAAUUGCAAACUGCGAUGAAGUUUAUUGGAAAAGAAAUGGACAAGGCAGUUGUGGAAGGUACCGCUGAUAGUGCUACUCGUCAUGACAUCGCUCUUCCUAAAGGAUAUGAAGAAGACAACUGGAAGAUCAUCGAGCAGUCUUCAACACUUCUUGGUGUUGGCGAUGAAUUGAAGCGAGAUUGCGAUAUCAUCCUUUCGAUAUGCCGUUACAUUCUCGCCAGAUGGGCUCGAGAUUUGAACGAUAGACCUUUGGAUGUGAAGAAAACCGCACAGGGUAUGCACGAAGCUGCACAUCACAAACAGACGACAAUGCAUUUAAAAAGUUUAAUGACUUCCAUGGAAAAAUAUAAUGUGAACAAUGAUAUUCGACACCACUUGGCAAAAAUUUGCAGACUUUUGGUAAUCGAUAGAAACUAUCUGGAAGCCAACAACGCAUACAUGGAAAUGGCAAUUGGUAAUGCACCAUGGCCAGUCGGAGUCACCCGUUCUGGUAUCCAUCAACGUCCAGGAUCAGCAAAAGCCUACGUUAGUAAUAUUGCUCAUGUGCUCAACGAUGAAACCCAGAGGAAGUAUAUUCAGGCUUUCAAACGUUUAAUGACCAAACUGCAAGAGUAUUUCCCAACAGAUCCAUCGAAAAGUGUCGAGUUUGUCAGAAAAACCGUCUAA